AUGAAUAGAUCAACCACAUCCACACCAUACUACAGGCCAACCACAUCCACACCAUACUACAGGCCAACCACAUCCAUACCAUACUACAGGCCAACCACAUCCACACCAUACUACAGGCCAACCACAUCCACACCAUACUACAGGCCAACCACAUCCACACCAUACUACAGGCCAACCACAUCCACACCAUACUACAGGCCAACCACAUCCACACCAUACUACAGGCCAACCAUAUCCACACCAUACUACAGGCCAACCAUAUCCACACCAUACUACAGGCCAACCACAUCCACACCAUACUACAGGCCAACCAUAUCCACACCAUACUACAGGCCAACCACAUCCACACCAUACUACAGGCCAACCACAUCCACACCAUACUACAGGCCAACCACAUCCACACCAUACUACAGGCCAACCACAUCCACAACAUACUACAGGCCAACCACAUCCACACCAUACUAUAGGCCAACCACAUCCACACCAUACUACAGGCCAACCACAUCCACACCAUACUACAGGCCAACCACAUCAACACCAUACUACAGGCCAACCACAUCCACACCAUACUACAGGCCAACCACAUCCACACCAUACUACAGGCCAACCACAUCCACAACAUACUACAGGCCAACCACAUCCACACCAUACUAUAGGCCAACCACAUCCACACCAUACUACAGGCCAACCACAUCCACACCAUACUACAGGCCAACCACAUCCACACCACACUGCCCAUUAUUCACAGACACCUGUUACACGUGA